AUUUGCUCCCCCACAUCCACCGUCAUGAUGCGCUAUGGUUGACCUUUUUGACAAUAUCUCUCGGAACCUUGAACGAAUCGGAGCCGUUCCCGUUGAAGAGUACCUCAACUCUGCCAAAUAUGACACUCUUCCUGUCAAUUAUGAUCUCGACUUGAACUUUAGUUCGGACACAGAAACGUCUAAUAAACCGCUCGACGGGAAUAUCGAGCACGAAGCGAAAACGUCUGUUAUAACCACUGAGCCAUUUCAACAUGAUGCCACUGCGUCCGAAAACCCCCUUGAGCUACUCAAAUCUCAAUGCAAAGCUUGCUUCCCCAACUACCCCAUAUGGGACAUUUUGCGAUUCACCAUCGACGAAGACACUAUCUUAAUCACGGGGGAGACUCAUAAAACUUGGCGAGCCAAGCUAACGAUUACGAAGCCCAGCGGAGAGUUUAUGUCAGUACGCUCCUUACAAUCGACGGAUAACGCAGCAGUACUGGGUGAUGCAAUUCAGAAGGCAAUCGAGGGCGGAGCACUGGACUUUAUUGCUCGACAUGAUUCUCCCCUCUCAGAUCAAACGCAGCAGACGCGCCCCGUCGAGUCCGACAAAUGUCUUCCCGCGGAUGAAACAUCGCCUUCCGAACCGGUUCAAACCGAUCCACCUUCUGAACCCACCCAAUCCACAAAAUUAGGAAAAGCAGCACGAAAGAAGGAGAGGAAGCAGAAAAAAAGGAUACGCGAGAGUCGUGAAGCCGCCGUGAUCAUUGCUUCGGAGGCAGAUAACGACUCAACCGUUUCUGAACUUGCCCAAUCCCAGGGAGCUAAAACAAGCGUUUCCGAAACAUCAAACACCACAGCUAGGAGUACCAUCGAGGAGGUUGAAGCCCUUUUCGCCACUCAUAAACACCAGAACUCCAUAUUACGGUGGUAUCGAUACACAAGAAAGCCACAAGACAGAAAAGGCACUUCAACAUGCGGGUUCGCUCUAUUCGUCAAGCUAUCCAAUGCUGUACACCACGUCUACUCGAGUCCUUCCAUAUAUGCUGAUGAAGGUGUUGCCAAAGAAGCAUGUGCUGAAGUGGCCCUGAGAGAGGGAUUCUCGGAAUUCAUGCGUUCUUUCGAAGGUUCUCCCUAUUCCGCUAUCACCGAUGACUCUGACACUGUCAUCGACCUCCAACGGUUCUACGAAUGCCUGAGUAAACCCUUCCGGGAGACGUUUGGAAAUAGAGCUGCUCAUGAGAUCCAAGCCACACAAUGGUUGAAUACGACGGUAGAUAAAGCCAAGGGAAGCCAGUUGGUUUGCUCUUUUCACUCUAUUCGACGUAAUGGUGGGGAUAAUCUUGUAGGUUACCUACUUCGCCUGGAACGAGGAACGGUGACCAUGUCAUAUCUCGUCGAACCUCGAUUUAGAAAGGAGAAAGACGCCAAGGCGGCCGUUUGCUUGCAAGCAAUGGCUCUAGGCCUUGGAGAUUACUUGCGAAGUCUGGAGUUGGAGGUCGAAUCCAGGGUAACGCGACCGAUGAAAGAUUUUGCCAAUAAGAUUCGUAAAGUACUUCCCAAUCCCUCUACAGAGAUUACAUUCACGGUUGAACGAGAGGCAUACGGAGCUGCAGUACACAUCAAAUCCAACAUUGACUCACCUGAAGGUGGCAGGAGCAAAUAUAGCGUUCCUUGCGAAUAUCGCAGUAAAUCAGAUGCAGAAACUGCUGUACUCUGUGUUGCAACACGCGUUGGAGCUAUCGAGUAUCUCAUGUUUGGGAAGAAGCCCCCACCACCUGGUUACGUUCCGACACUGGCCAACGAGGCAAUCGAAGUUCUGGAUGACCAGAAAAAGCGAGCACAGGAAAGAUUGGAAGUGGAGCCUGGGGAGGUGGUGCGGACAAUGACCCCCGUGCCCGACGAAACAAGUCGAGGCGAUUUAUCACUUGCGCAGGGCAGCUCUAGCUCGUUGUUACCUCCACCUUUAAGCCAGUUGUAUUCUCCGAAUAUGCUUGACUCUAUCACGCACGCUCAGGAACUCAUGCGGUUACGAGCCAACGUUGAAAAGUCUAGACCUGCUCAUGGCCAGCAGAAACGGUGUCUAGAGCAGGAGGAGCAGAAUCUUUCUAGGGUGAAAAGGGCCAAGGUGAAAUGAUAGUGCUCGUAUGUACAUGAACCUUUAAUAUACGAUGAUCGGCGAACUACC